UGCAUUCACUAUAUCCGGUCUCCCCGGACCCUGCAUUCACUAUAUCCGGUCUCCCAGGACCCUGCAUUCACUAUAUCCGGUCUCCCCGGACCCUGCAUUCACUAUAUCUGGUCUCCUAGGACCCUGCAUUCACUAUAUCCGGUCUCCCCGGACCCUACAUUCACUAUAUCUGGUCUCCCCGGACCCUGCAUUCACUAUAUCCGGUCUCCCAGGACCCUGCAUUCACUAUAUCCGGUCUCCCCGGACCCUGCAUUCACUAUAUCUGGUCUCCCUGGACCCUGCAUUUACUAUAUCUGGUCUCCCAGGACCCUGCAUUUCACUAUAUCUGGUCUCCCCGGACCCUGCAUUCACUAUAUCUGGUCUCCCCAGACCCUGCAUUCACUAUAUCUGGUCUCCCCGGACCCUGCAUUCACUAUAUCAGGUCUCUCCGGACCCUGCAUUCACUAUAUCCGCUCUCCCCGGACCCUGCAUUCACUAUAUCUGGUCUCCCCAGACCCUGCAUUCACUAUAUCUGGUCUUCCACAGUACACAGAACAUGCAAUUAUUUUAGUAAAUAUAAACUGCUAAAUACCUUUUCUCAUCAGCAGUUAGAGCUGUUUUGUGA